UAGAAGAGUAGUCACCAUGCUGGGCUCUGUGAUUCUCCUCUGGAUCAGCUUCAGCCUCCUUAUCCUGCUCUUCAGAACUAGGAGGCCCAGAAACUUCCCCCCCGGACCUCGGCCCAUCCCAAUUUUCGGAAAUCUGCUGCAGUUUAACCUAGUAGAUCUUCUCAAUGAUUUCAAGAAGCUGUCGGAGCGCUAUGGGAAGGUCUACAGUAUCUAUCUUGGGAGGAAGCCAGCUGUGGUGCUCAACGGCCUGCAGGCAAUGAAGGAAGCACUGGUCACUCAAUCUGUGGAUUUUAGUGGACGGCCCAAAGGCCUUAUGGUAAAUCAUUUGUCGGAGGGGAAAGGAGUUGGCAUGACUGAUGGGCCAAUAUGGAAGGAGCACCGGAGAUUUGCCCUCACAACCCUACGGAAUUUUGGCAUGGGGAAACAAUCCAUGGAGGAGAGGAUUCUGGGAGAGAUUUCCUACAUAGUCACACAUUUGGAAAAUAAUGCUGGCAAAUCUACAGACCCCCAAACCCUGUUCCACAAGGCCGGAUUCAACAUCAUCUGUACUGUCCUGUUUGGGACUCGAUUCAAACAUGAAGAUGAGUUUUUGCAGCUCAACAUCCGCUGUAUCAGAGAAACCACAAAGAUCAUCAAUGGCCCCUGGUCCAUGAUUUAUGAUACUUUGCCGCUGCUCAGGAACCUCCCCCUGCCCUUCCAGAAGGCCUUUGAGAACAUCAGCAUGAUCAGAAAAUCACUAGGAGACCGGGUGUCUCAACACAAGGAGUCUCGGGUCCCGGGAGAGCCACGGGACCUAACUGACUGCUACCUAGAUGAAAUGGAAAAGAGGGGAGAUGAUGGCUCCUCCUUCAGUGAAUAUCAGCUGGUUUGUUAUCUGCUGGACCUCCUCUUUGCUGGAACAGACACAACCUCCAACUCACUCCUCACAGCCUUCCUGUACCUCAUGACUCACCCAGAUGUUCAGGGUGAGUUAUCAGUUGUGUUUCUCUGGUUGCCUCUGCAUGAGACUGAAAUGCACACAGCUGCAACAGCCUUUAACGUGGAGAAAAGCCUCUCCCAGCUCAGUGACGUGUGCCAUCUCUCCCUGUGUUCUCCAGAGAGGUGUCAGAAGGAGAUCGAUGAGGUGCUUGGGGAGAAGGAGCAGGCCACAUUUGAGGACAGGCACAGGAUGCCCUACACACAGGCCAUGAUCCACGAGAUUCAGCGAGUCGCCGACACAGCACCUCUCGCUGUGUUCCAUGCCACCACCAAAGACACACGGCUGAUGGGCUAUGAUAUCCCCAAGGGAACCAUCAUCAUCCCCAACCUCUCCUCUGUACUGAGUGAAGAAACCCAGUGGAAGUUUCCUCAUGAGUUCAACCCCUCCAACUUCCUAAACGAUGAGGGGGAGUUUGUGAAGCCAGAGGCCUUCAUGCCCUUCUCUGCAGGGCCCCGGGUGUGUCUGGGAGAGGGUCUCGCACGCAUGGAGCUCUUCCUGAUUCUUGUGACGCUGUUACGCCGCUUCAAGUUCAUCUGGCCUGAAGACGCAGGGGUGCCGGACUACACGACUGUUCUUGGUGCCACUCAAUCACCAAAACCCUAUAAAAUGUUUGUUAGACUAAGAGGUAGUGAAGGCCUCUAGUGCCCUAUGUAUUUUGUGGUGCACUGUCAGUAUCUAUGCACUGUGUGUGUGUGUGUGUGUGUGUGUGUGUGUGUGUGUGUGUGUGUGUGUGUGUGUGUAUGUCUGUGCGCGUGCAUGCACGCAUGGUUAUUCAAAGACAGUCUGGAUAAGAGCACCAGUAUAUGCCUAAAAUAAAAUAUAAAACACAAA